UCACUUGUGCGCGCAGUCCCUUCCCUGCCUUAAUCCGCGCCACCUUUUCCCUUGGCCCGCGCGGGCCCAGCUGACGGGCCGCGUUGUUUACUGGCCGGAGUCGAGCCCUAGCUCCCGCCGCCGCCACCAGCCCAGGUGCCCUCCCGUGCGCGCGUCCCUCUGUCUCAGACUCCACACAACGCGACCCACCCAGAGCUGCGCGGAGAGGAGAAACGGGAGACCCGGCCAGGGGACGCACCGCGGUGAGCUCUGGACUCUUCGAUUGCGGACACGGGACCGGGCCUGGGUGACCCGGGGUUGUAGUCUGCGGGCCGCGCCACAGUGUUGCUUGCAGCCGAGGCCUGUGUGCUCUUCCCCGGACUGUCCCCAGGGCCCUCUAGGCUGUAGAUCUGCGGCCCGUGAGCCACCGGCGUGGAAGAGAAGGACGUGCGGCCCCUAGCGCCUGCCUCUCCAGCGACCUUCUCACGGAGUAUGUCCCCAGUGGGCCGGCGUGGCGUGCUCUGAUCGCCGGGGUCCCAGCUCCUACUGCUAUGGGCUCCGGGAGAGGAUGUGAGACGACGGCGGUGCCGUUGCUGAUGGCCGUGGCCGCGUUGCUGGUGGGCACAGCCGGCCACCUGUACCCUGGAGAGGUGUGCCCGGGAAUGGACAUCCGGAACAAUCUGACCAGGCUGCAUGAGCUGGAGAACUGCUCGGUCAUUGAGGGCCAUCUGCAGAUCCUCUUGAUGUUCAAGACCAGACCCGAAGAUUUCCGAGACCUCAGUUUCCCCAAACUCAUCAUGAUCACAGACUACCUGCUUCUUUUCCGUGUCUAUGGCCUAGAAAGUCUAAAAGACCUCUUCCCAAACCUCACGGUCAUCCGAGGCUCCCGUCUCUUCUUCAACUAUGCCCUGGUCAUCUUCGAGAUGGUCCACCUGAAGGAGCUGGGUCUUUACAACCUCAUGAACAUCACCCGGGGCUCUGUCCGCAUCGAGAAGAAUAAUGAACUCUGCUACCUGGCCACUAUCGACUGGUCCCGCAUCCUGGAUUCCGUGGAGGAUAACUACAUUGUACUGAACAAAGAUGACAAUGAGGAAUGUGGGGACGUCUGUCCAGGCACAGCCAAGGGCAAGACCAACUGCCCUGCCACCGUCAUCAAUGGGCAGUUUGUGGAACGGUGCUGGACACACAGUCAUUGUCAGAAAGUUUGCCCAACCAUCUGUAAGUCACAUGGCUGCACGGCUGAAGGCCUGUGCUGUCACAAGGAGUGCCUGGGCAACUGUUCGGAACCCGAUGACCCUACCAAGUGUGUGGCCUGUCGCAACUUCUACCUGGAUGGUCAGUGUGUGGAGACCUGCCCACCACCCUACUAUCACUUCCAGGACUGGCGCUGUGUAAACUUCAGCUUCUGCCAAGACCUUCACUACAAAUGCAGGAACUCUCGGAAGCCUGGCUGUCACCAAUACGUCAUUCACAACAACAAGUGCAUCCCCGAGUGCCCGUCUGGCUAUACCAUGAAUUCCAGCAACUUGAUGUGCACCCCGUGUCUGGGACCCUGUCCUAAGGUCUGCCAAAUCCUCGAAGGCGAGAAGACCAUUGAUUCCGUGACAUCUGCCCAGGAGCUCCGAGGCUGCACUGUGAUCAAUGGCAGCCUGAUUAUCAACAUCCGCGGGGGCAACAACCUGGCAGCUGAACUAGAGGCUAACCUUGGCCUCAUUGAAGAAAUCUCAGGGUUCCUAAAGAUCCGUCGCUCCUAUGCUCUGGUGUCACUUUCUUUCUUCAGGAAGCUACAUCUGAUUCGAGGAGAGACCUUGGAAAUUGGGAACUAUUCUUUCUAUGCCUUGGACAACCAGAACCUGAGGCAGCUGUGGGACUGGAACAAGCACAACCUCACGAUCACUCAGGGCAAGCUCUUCUUCCACUACAACCCCAAACUCUGCCUGUCUGAGAUCCACAAGAUGGAGGAAGUGUCCGGAACCAAGGGCCGCCAGGAGAGGAACGACAUUGCCCUGAAGACCAACGGGGACCAGGCAUCCUGUGAAAAUGAAUUACUUAAAUUCUCUUUCAUCCGGACAUCUUUUGACAAGAUCUUGCUGAGGUGGGAGCCCUACUGGCCCCCUGACUUCCGAGAUCUCCUGGGAUUCAUGCUGUUCUACAAAGAGGCCCCUUAUCAGAACGUGACAGAGUUUGACGGGCAGGAUGCGUGUGGCUCCAACAGCUGGACUGUGGUGGAUAUUGACCCGCCCCAGAGGUCCAACGACCCUAAGUCUCAGACCCCAAGCCACCCUGGGUGGCUGAUGCGGGGCCUCAAACCCUGGACCCAGUACGCCAUCUUUGUCAAGACCUUGGUUACCUUCUCUGAUGAACGCCGGACCUAUGGAGCCAAAAGUGAUAUCAUCUAUGUGCAAACAGAUGCCACCAAUCCUUCUGUUCCCCUGGAUCCCAUAUCAGUUUCCAACUCCUCAUCUCAGAUUAUCUUAAAGUGGAAGCCCCCCUCGGACCCCAAUGGCAACAUCACACACUACCUGGUCUACUGGGAGAGGCAGGCGGAGGACAGCGAGCUGUUCGAGUUGGAUUAUUGUCUCAAAGGGCUGAAGCUCCCCUCACGGACCUGGUCCCCACCUUUUGAGUCUGACGAUUCUCAGAAGCACAAUCAGAGUGAGUAUGACGACUCAGCCAGCGAGUGCUGCUCAUGUCCUAAGACUGACUCUCAGAUCCUGAAGGAGCUGGAGGAGUCUUCAUUCAGGAAGACCUUCGAGGAUUACCUGCACAACGUGGUUUUUGUUCCCAGAAAAACCUCUUCAGGCAAUGGUGCUGAGGACACUAGGCCAUCCCGAAAGCGAAGAUCCCUUGAAGAGGUGGGCAAUGUGACAGCCACUACGCCCACACUUCCAGAUUUUCCCAACAUCUCCUCCACCAUCGCGCCCACAAGCCACGAAGAGCACAGACCAUUUGAGAAAGUAGUAAACAAGGAGUCACUUGUCAUCUCUGGCCUGAGACACUUCACUGGGUACCGCAUUGAGCUGCAGGCAUGCAAUCAGGACUCCCCAGAAGAGAGGUGCAGCGUGGCUGCCUACGUCAGUGCCCGGACCAUGCCUGAAGCUAAGGCAGAUGACAUCGUUGGCCCUGUGACCCAUGAAAUCUUUGAGAACAAUGUUGUACACUUAAUGUGGCAAGAGCCAAAGGAACCUAAUGGUCUGAUUGUGCUAUAUGAAGUGAGCUAUCGGCGAUAUGGUGAUGAGGAGCUGCACCUCUGUGUCUCCCGGAAGCAUUUUGCCCUGGAGCGGGGCUGCAGGCUUCGAGGGCUCUCCCCAGGAAACUACAGUGUUCGAGUCCGGGCUACCUCUCUGGCAGGAAAUGGCUCCUGGACAGAACCCACCUAUUUUUAUGUGACUGAUUAUUUAGAUGUCCCAUCAAAUAUUGCCAAAAUUAUCAUUGGGCCCCUCAUCUUCGUCUUCCUCUUCAGUGUCGUGAUCGGAAGUAUUUAUCUAUUCUUGAGGAAGAGGCAGCCAGAUGGGCCAAUGGGACCACUGUACGCUUCUUCAAACCCAGAGUACCUCAGUGCCAGUGAUGUCUUUCCAUCUUCCGUAUACGUUCCGGAUGAGUGGGAGGUACCUCGAGAGAAGAUCACCCUCCUCCGAGAGCUGGGGCAGGGAUCCUUCGGUAUGGUGUACGAAGGCAAUGCCAAGGAUAUCAUCAAGGGUGAGGCAGAGACCCGUGUUGCGGUGAAGACGGUCAAUGAGUCAGCCAGUCUUCGAGAACGGAUCGAGUUCCUCAAUGAGGCAUCAGUCAUGAAGGGCUUCACCUGUCAUCACGUGGUCCGCCUUCUUGGGGUGGUGUCCAAAGGCCAGCCCACAUUGGUAGUGAUGGAACUGAUGGCUCAUGGGGACCUGAAGAGUCACCUCCGUUCUCUGCGGCCGGAUGCUGAGAACAACCCAGGCCGUCCUCCCCCUACCUUGCAAGAAAUGAUUCAGAUGACAGCAGAAAUUGCCGAUGGCAUGGCAUACUUGAACGCCAAGAAGUUUGUGCACCGGGACCUGGCAGCUCGGAACUGCAUGGUUGCCCAUGAUUUUACUGUCAAAAUCGGAGACUUUGGAAUGACCAGAGACAUCUACGAGACGGAUUACUAUCGGAAAGGGGGCAAGGGGUUGCUGCCCGUGAGGUGGAUGUCACCCGAGUCCCUGAAGGACGGAGUCUUCACUGCUUCUUCCGACAUGUGGUCCUUUGGGGUGGUCCUUUGGGAAAUCACCAGCCUGGCUGAGCAACCUUACCAAGGCCUGUCUAAUGAACAGGUGUUGAAAUUUGUCAUGGAUGGAGGCUAUCUGGAUCCCCCUGAUAACUGUCCAGAGAGACUCACUGACCUGAUGCGCAUGUGCUGGCAGUUCAACCCCAAGAUGAGGCCGACCUUCCUGGAAAUCGUCAACCUGCUCAAGGACGACCUCCACCCCAGCUUUCCGGAAGUUUCCUUCUUCUACAGCGAGGAGAACAAGGCUCCCGAGAGUGAAGAGCUGGAGAUGGAGUUCGAGGACAUGGAGAAUGUCCCCUUGGAUCGUUCCUCUCACUGUCAGAGAGAAGAGGCUGGAUGCCGGGAGGGAGGGUCCUCUCUGAGCAUCAAACGGACCUAUGAUGAACACAUCCCCUACACCCACAUGAACGGGGGCAAGAAGAAUGGGCGUGUCCUCACCCUGCCGAGGUCGAACCCUUCCUAACAGCGCCUGCUCGCUCGGGGAAGGAUUCUUUUCUUUUCUUUCUUUCUUUUUAAAAACUCUUCUGUAGUUUGACUGCCUCCAGGAAACUCAGGAUUAUCAGGACUCUACCCAGAUGUGAAACUGAGCUCACAGAUAGUUCGUACACAUUUCUGUUUGUCUUUGGACCUGAAAACACACAGGUGUGGUCGCCAACCCUGCGAGCCUGUGGAGGGCUAACUGUGAACCUAGAGGGGUUGGGGUUUCCAUACUCCCUUCCCUGCCCCCACGGUAUCAAACCAAGAUUUUAUUGUUGUUGCUGGUGUUUUCCUCAUAGAUUGGAAGGAUGCACCUGUUUUUACAGAUUUUUUUUUUCUGCUAGUGUCUGAGUUAUAGUUAGUUGUCAAAGACAGACUUUAUUUAUGGAGCACAAGUCAGAAAGCAAAGAAGAAACAGACAGAAAAACAAAACAAAAACCAAACCUGACCUACAGAACCCAGUUCUGGAAUUGCGUGCUUUCGCGGGGUUGGGCUUUGAGAAGGUUUCAUUAAUCUGAGAGAAGGAGCUUAUUUUAUUUUAGUUUUGUUUUGUUUUUUUCCUCAUUCACAAAAUCAGUUCCUCAAAUUGACCAAUAGCUGCUGCUUUCAUAUUUUAUUAUUUUGGGAAAGGGUGUGUACUCCUAAGUGUGUGCUCAUCUGCACACCUGCGUGCAUUUGCGUGUGUGUUGUGUCCAGGUUAGAGAUCACAGGGUGGGGUGGGGGCUGUGUGUAUGUUACAUUUUCUCUGGACUGAUGCUUGGUGACUUGGCUCAUGAAGCGCCCGCUGCUUGGAGUGGGUGACCUCAUAUUGUCCUCUUCCUUCUUAUGAACCGAGAGCCUGUGCCCUCGAGAGAUUCUCCUCAGUCACGUCAGAACUCGCUCAGGUGUCUUCUUCCCCUUCCCUUUGGUGAUGAUUUCCAAAAACAGAGGGAUGAUUAUUUGGUCUGGAUUCAUGGAGGAUCUUUGGAAGAUCAAACAAAGGACAUGCAUGCAUGGGCACACACACACACACACAGACAGAUUCACACACAGACACACAGACAGAUACACACACAUACACACACAGACACACACACAGUAGAAGGAAGUAAGGCAACAAUUUUGAGAAUAUAUUGGUAACAUAUUUAAAGCUUAUGGGAUCUUUGACAUGAGCCUAAUAAGUUAUUAUUUCCUUGGGAGCAGGGGAAGUGGUGGGCACAUCUGCCUGUGUGGGGAGACGGGACAAUACAUGAGUGGCCUCUGUGUUCGGUCUUUGAAACACAUGUUUUUGUUUUUGUUUUUCUGGGAAUUACACCACAUUAGCUGCUAGCCCUUUAGGACUCGGUGAGUUCUUGUGGAUUUGUGGGUAACUGGAUUUUUGACUGGUUCAGAUAGUAACACUGACUGGAUGUUCCUUGCUUGGAUACACUGGUGGUUACCUGGGGCCGAGGUGGCCUUCCAGAACACCUGUGUUUGGGUUUUUCUCUGCUUGUGUACCUCACUUCUUCAAAGCCUACACUUUGCUCAAAGAUACUGAACUCAGAUCCCAAAGACCAGUGACACAGUUGGACUCUGGGAACACUAAGCAGUGUCUGAGGAGGUGCACCUUCAAAUCACUGUCGGUCUCCUCCACCUUUGGGGCAUCUGGCUGUUCUCCACACUAAACCCCACCCCACAGCUGCUCUCGGUGCCCAGAGACCUCAGCUUGGGCCAGAUGGAGCGCCUGAGUCUAUUUCUCAAGCGCUUAUGUUUCAGUCUCUCGAGACUAAAGUCUAGAGGAGAGAACAUCGGACACUUCCUUCCCACCACCAAGAACUGGUGAAGGCACACGAACUCGCAACCUCUCUGUGUCAAACCACAGCUGCUCAAGUGAGAGACAACUAUGGCAAACUCCAAACCCUCCCGGAGGUUCUUUCCUGCGUGCGUUUCCCCACAAGUAUUUGAUACCUUGAUAUCCCCUAGGAGAUACGAGAUAAAGACACACUGGCCACCCCCAAACCCUCUUGAGUCUUGGUUGAGAACACAGGAACACAUAAAUCCUAGUUGUCAAUUGCUGUCAAAUUUAUAUUAGAAAAAUUGCAGCACGCAGAAAGAUUACCAGGAAACUCAGUGAUUGGUACAAGAAGCAAGAGUUACAGUUACUUUUUCCCAAAACACUUUGUAAAUAGGAGGUCUGUGCAUCAGUGGAAGACACCUUAGGUCUGGAUAUUUUUUUGUUUGUUUGUUAUUUUUCCUUUUUACAGUAAAUUUGUAGCAAUGCUCUACUAGCAGAAAUUUUCACACCUUUCUAAUUCAAAAGGUUUUCUUAUAGUACUGGGGAAAGUAUUUAUUUUAAUAUAUAAAAUCACUCUUGAAAAAUCACUUUUGUAAAAAAAAUGGUAUGCAUGUAAAUUUUUUUUUAUCAAGGAAAAAUAAAAGCAGGUGAGUGUGGGUAUUUUCUUCUUCUCAGUACAGUCUACCUCAGUGUCUCGUCAGAACGUGUGGUUCAGUAACAGAUGCUGGGGCUUCCGGAUUCUGGCCGAAUCAUUCUCCGAGUUGGGGAGCUGUGUACCAGUUGAUUUUUGAAUGCCAUGGCUAGGAAGAAUUUUGAAGGAGAGAGUUGGGAUUAAAACAUUAGAGCCUUCCUGUGAGCCCAGAGUCUUCUUGUUGCUGAUAUCCUUCUGAGUAUAACCUCCUUUAAAAAAAAAA